UCCGCCCCGCCCACGCCCACGCCGCUCACGCCUCUGCCACCCGCCGUGUCGCCGGGCUCGGCGCACUCGGGGUUGAUGUUCACGCACAGCAUGCCCCCGCACGCGCCUGUGCCUGCGCGCCUGGAGAUUCCGCGCGCGGCGAUCGAGAUUACGCCUGCUACGCCCAGCAACAGCGCGAGCCCUGGGACGGGCAGCACGGCACUCGCAACGCCGACGCAGGUCAUGGGCCGCACGAGCAAGCUCCCGAAAAAGUUCUUCCCGCGGCGCCCUGCGAUGACACGGCGGCGGACGUCGGACGACGGGGCGGGGGCGCGCUCGGGGUCUACGUCCGCGUCUGGAUCGGCGUCGGCUUCGGCGGUAUCGAGCGCGUCGAAUUCCGCUGCUGUGUCUGAGGCUCCGUCGCCACUGCCGUCGCCGGGCGGUGUUACGCCUGGAGUACAGUCGCCGACUACACCGACGGCGCCGACGCCGGUGUCGGCGCGGAAGAGGCCGGGCCAUGUGCGCUCGGCGAGCGCGGGUGCGGCUGUGGCGACGGUGCCUGCGGUGGGCGGGUCGCAGGCGCAGCAGCAGCAGCAGGUGCAGGCGCAGAUUCAGAAUGCGCAUGCUCAGCAGGUGCAAACGCAGGCUCAACAGGCUCAGGCUCAGGCUCAGCAGCAGCAGCAGCAGCAGCAGAAGAGGAAGUUCAGAAAGUCGUGGGGCGCGGCGAAGCGCGCGGACUAUAAUUUUUCGGCUGCGAGUAACGAUAUUGUGGGGAUUGUGAUGCUCGAGAUUGCGGGUGCGAAGGAUCUGCCGCGGUUGAAGAACAUGACGCGCACAGGCUUCGACAUGGACCCCUUCGUCGUCGUCUCCUUUGGCAAAAAGGUGUUCCGGACACGCGUCAUCCGCCACUCGCUCAACCCGUGCUGGGACGAGAAGCUGCUGUUCCACGUGCGAAGAUACGAGACGAGCUUCAAGGUGCAGCUGACGGUGCUCGACUGGGACAAGCUGUCGUCGAACGACUAUGUCGGCGAGGCGGCGCUGGAUGUGGGUGAGCUGGUGCGGGGGGCGGCGCAGCCGGAUGCGGGGACGGGGUUGUAUGAGUUUGAGGGGGGGCAGAAGGUGACGAGUGAGAUGAGGGAGUAUACAUUGUCUUUGACGGGUGCGGGGCGGGAGAUGGGGUGGGAGGGGAAGCAUCGGCCGGCGUUGACGAUUCGCGCAAAGUUCCAGCCGUACGCCGCGCUGCGCCAGCGCUUCUGGGCGCAGUACCUGAAGCAGUACGACGCAGACGACUCGGGCUCGAUGUCGCACGUCGAGCUGACCGCGAUGCUCGACUCGCUCGGCAGCACGCUGUCCGCGCGCACCGUCGAGGCGUUCUUCACGCGCGUGGGCAAGCGCCCGUACGAGGACGAGCUGUCCCUCGCGGAGACGGUGCAGGCGCUCGAGAUCGAGAUCGGGCGGCCGCUGGGCGAGCGGAGGAGGCUGGAGAGCGGGAGUUCGCCGGUGGACGGCGCGUCGUUGCCGCUGCCGCCUGCGCCGCAUGUUACGGAUGGGGCGGAGAGGCCGCUCGCGCAUGUUGCGGAGCCGGCGACGUAUGCCUCGCGUGCGCCGAGCUCGUACACGUUUCGUACGCUUCCGCAUCAUCAGGGCUCGUCAGGCUCGGGAUCGGGAUCGGGCUCUGGGUCGGGGUCGGUGUCGGGGUCGGCGUCCGACCCGAGCAGGCAGCCGUCCUAUUCGUCUUCUGAUACGGACGACAUCCUCGCUCAGGGCGGGUUUAACCCUGUCGGCGCCGGGCCCAUGCUACGCGCAUCCAGCGCCGGCGGCAUCCUCGGCUCCUCUACACCCUCCAUGGGCACCAACGGCAACGGCAAUGGCAGCGGCAGCGGCAGUGGCUUCUCACUCACCACAGCCUCCUCGCCCUCGCCGGAAGAACACACGUUCGAGCGCGUGAUCAACGUGAAGAACUGUCCCUUGUGCCACCGCCCGCGGCUGAACUCGAAGGCGGAGGUGGACAUCGUGACGCACCUCGCGAUCUGCGCGUCGCAGGACUGGGCCAAGGUGGAUAGGAUCGUGGUGAGCAACUUUGUGACGGCGAGCCAGGCGCAGCGCAAGUGGUACACGAAGGUGAUUAGUAAGGUGUCGAGCGGGAAUUAUAAGAUUGGGGCGAAUUCGGCGAAUAUUAUUGUACAGAACCGGAUUACGGGACAGUUGGAGGAGGAGAAGAUGCAGGUGUAUGUGCGGCUGGGUAUUCGGCUGUUGUACAAGGGUGCACGAAGCAGGAUGGAAGGCGCACGGGCGCGGAAACUUCUCAAGUCCAUGUCGAUCAAGCAGGGGCUCAAGUUCGACUCGCCAGAGUCGGCACGCGAUAUUCCGGCGUUUAUUGCGUUCCACAAGCUCAAUGUCGAUGAUGUGCUGGAGCCCAUUAGUUCGUUCAAGACGUUUAAUCAGUUCUUCUACCGGAAACUCAAACCAGAAGCACGCCCCCUCGAGAGCCCAGAAGACCCCUACCGCCUCGUGAGCGCGGCCGACUGCCGUCUGAUGGUCUUCGAGUCUGUCUCAGAAGCGACACGCCUCUGGAUCAAGGGCCGCGAGUUCACCGUCGCGCGGCUGCUCGGCGACGCGUACCGCGACGAGGCGGAGCGCUUCAACGGCGGCGCACUCGCCAUCUUCCGGCUCGCGCCACAGGACUACCAUCGGUUCCACUCGCCCGUGGACGGGACUGUGGGCCCGAUGACUUAUGUCGCUGGGGAGUAUUACACUGUCAAUCCCCAAGCGAUUCGGAGCGCACUGGACGUGUACGGCGAGAAUGCGCGCAAGGUCGUGCCCAUCGACAGUCCGCAGUUCGGGCGCGUCAUGGCCGUGUGCGUCGGCGCGAUGAUGGUCGGGAGCAUUCUCAUCACGGCCGAGGAGGGCAAGACGCUCAGGCGCAAAGAUGAGCUCGGGUACUUUGCGUUUGGAGGGUCGACAGUGGUCGUGCUGUUUGAGCCUGGUGCGGUCGAGUGGGACGAGGAUCUGUUGAUCAACGGGCGGGCGUGUCUUGAGACGCUUGUGCGUGUGGGUAUGGGAAUCGGGCGCGGAAGGGGGCCGGGGCCGCAGUAGAUCUGGAUCUUGAAGCCAUCUUCAGGGCGGAUAGACAUUGAGGGAUUCGGGCUCAUCGCUAGCGCGGACUUUGGGGGAAAAGGGUAACGGAAGGUAAUAGCAUUGUACUGGGAUUGGAUUGUAGAACCCAUGGAUGUUUUGUGAUACCCAGCAACGUACUGUACAGUACAAGUACAUACACAUUGACAUCAU